CCAGAGAAACAACAAUGCGCCGGGAAGCCGCUUCCCAGCAAAAACUCCGAGGACCGCACCGUGUGUAAGCCGCGGUGCUUCGGUGUUUUAGCCGGUUACGGAGCGCUGUUAGCGGCUAUGCCCGCCAGGAACAGGUACAACCUGGUGGAAGAUGUGGCGGAUUCCAGGCUGCCGCUCCACAACGAGGAGGCUUACCAGCAAGGCAUCUGCUUCCAGGCAAAGUACGUGGGGAGUCUUGACAUACCCAGACCCAACAGUCGGAUGGAGAUCGUGGCAGCGAUGAGGAGGAUCAGGUAUGAAUUCAAGGCCAAGAACAUCAAGAAGAAGAAGGUCAGCAUUGUGGUAUCUGUGGACGGCGUCAAGGUGACGCUCAGGAAGAAGCAGAAGAGAAAAGAAUGGACAUGGGAUGAAAACAAGAUGCUGAUCAUGCAUGACCCCAUAUACAGGAUUUUCUACGUGUCUCAUGACUCUCAGGACUUAAAGAUCUUCAGCUAUAUUGCACGAGACGGCUCCAGCAACUCCUUCCGAUGUAAUGUCUUCAAAUCCAAAAGAAGGUGCUCUUUGGUGUCAUCAAUCAGCAUGAAUGAGAACUGUCCCAUCAGCUCUGUCCAUCCCUGGACUCAGGCCAUGCGCAUUGUGCGGACGGUGGGUCAGGCCUUUGAGGUGUGUCAUAAGAUCAGUCUGCAGAAUGCUGAGCAGGAUGCAGAUGGAAAGGCGGAUGGAGAGAGUGACAAGUCCACAGAGGAUGCCAGCGAUCACGUUUGUAAACUGACAGGAGCAGAGCCAGGAGGUGAGGAGGUGACUAGGCACGGAGGGACACAAGAAGAAGAGACACCUCCCACUGCCACAUCAGUGUGUGAAAAAGCAGUCAGUGAAAUUCUCCAAAGUCUGGCUGAGCUGAAUGUCCUCAAACCUGGACAGACCACCAGAGACUUUGAUCGAAGGUCCCGUUUCACUGUGACAUCACAAGGCAUUUCUCCCAGCAGCCCUUGCUCUCCAUCACUCACUCCACUGGCAUCACAGCACUACCUGCAGUUUCUCCAGCAGCAGCUCCAGCAGCAACAACAGCAAACACAAGUGGCCAUCGCACAGGUGCAGCUACUGAAGGAUCAGAUGGCAGCAGAAACUGCUGCUCGUAUGGAGGCUCAGGCUCGUGUCCACCAGCUCUUGUUGCAGAACAGGGACUUACUGCAGCACCUGGCCCUGCUCGUGCAGCAGCUGAAGGAGCUGGAGAGCUGCUGUCCAAAAGGAGCACAACCAGGGCUGCAGACGCAAGAGGAACUUCAAGGUAAUGGCCACAGUCGCCACGUGUCACUGCACAGCUCAGUUUCUGCAUCGGCUAAUUCUCUGUCUCUGAGCCUGAAGGACCACUACAGCCGGAACCCGGAACAGCUCAUCACCUCCACACCCACACGGCUGCUCCAAAACACGGCCCUUUCUCCCUCGCAGGUGCAUUCUGCCGAAUUGUACUUCAACCUGCUCAAUCUGGAGAACAAUACCAAACCAGCAGCAUCACUGCUAACACACCUGGACCCGUUCAUUAGAGCCACUGGGUCGCCAGGUCAUACUGAGAACUCUGAAGUGACCUGCAGUGGCCUUCUCCCGUUUACGUCCAGAAACUCUGCCAACAUGGAUGACAAGUGUAAGGAGACAAUCCCCAAGAUCGACCCUCCUCCACCAACCACAAACCGCAAACGGGCCAGUCGAACCUUGUCUCCGGGGUCAGAAGUCACAGCUGUGCCCACAGAGGUCACCGUUAAUGAUGUGGUGCCCAGCCGCAGCAGCAGCCUCUCCUUCCCGGACAUCACCCCCAGCUCCCUGUCCUCCGCUGACUUCCACUCCCUCAGCAACGGCGAAAGCAGCUCAUCCUCCGCCAGCGAGGACUCGGGGGUUCGCUCCGAGACCAAGUCCCUGCUGUCGCCCCUGGUUGACAAUGACAACCCAUCAGGGAACCGAGGGACGUUUUUAACGGCGUCCAGCGGCUGCGACAGCCCCCUAGAGGUGCGGAGUGACUCGCACUCUGCCACGCCCCCUGCUGUCAAAUCAUACGCAGACAGCCGUGAGCGCUCUCUGCCCUUCUCGUCUCCCAUUAACGAAACCUGUCUUCACAUCAGUUUUUCUGAGGACGAGCUGCUGGACAGCAGCCAAGACGACCCUCACGUCCCGCAGCGAAGUUAGAAGACAUUAUUUUUGGGAGCUCCUCUACGUUUGCACUGGACUCCGUUUCGGGGCUCACUCGAUCCAAUCCACUCGUGACACAAUGCAGGCAAAAGUAAAAUGAUUUAUUAUGUAAAAUAUUCACACGUGGACAUAUUUUAGUAUUUUGUAAUGAGGUGAAUUCUCUAAUUUAGUUUUUAGACAGUAGAAUGCUGAGCAGAAUACAUGUAGCCUAUCUUGCACUAUUUAGGACGAACUCUAGAAUUCAAAACCAACAAGGGAACAUGUUUUAUUUUUGCUAACAGUCGACGUUAAAGCUAGUUCAUCAACAAAUUACACACAACACAGGUGAUGUUCGGAAGAGCCUCGUCUUCUUUGAAGCACUUCACUGGAUGACAGUUGGAAAGAAAGAAACAGGAAAGUCAGAGAGGAGCCAAAGAGAGGGAAGAACUGAGCAGACUGAACUGUGUUUAUGCCCGUCCAUCUGUGGCUUUCGAUUGCUUCUGUUCUAAAGGCGCCUCACACAGAACAGUUCAACAUAAAAAUUCAAAUGCAUAAUUA